AUGCAGCCCUUCUGUGGGAAUGCAAAGUUGGGCCUCCUUUCUUUCCUGGCUUGUACAGGAAAGAGCUUAUUACCUCUGGGGACCUAUGCCUCUUGGUUAGAAAGAAUUGAAAGAAAUAAAACCCUCUGGGAAAAGUUUCAACAUCAUAAAAUGAGAUACAAGACUUCCUUGGUGAUGAGAAAACGGUUCCGGCUUUACCGAAAUGCCCUGAAAGAUGCAAGUAGCAGCUCCGGACACCAUGGCCCCCAGCUCACGGCCGCCUCCAGUCCCUCGGUGUUCCCGGGCCUCCACGAGCAGCCGCCCCCAGCCUCCCCCAGCGGCGCUCUGAACGGACUCCUGCGCUUGGGGCUCCCCGGUGACAUGUACGCGCGGCCCGAACCCUUCGCUCCAGGCCCGGUGGCCCGCAGCGACGCCCUGGCCGCCGCCGCGGCUCUGCACGGCUACGGGGGCAUGAACCUGACGGUGAACCUCGCGGCGCCGCACGGGCCGGGCGCUUUCUUCCGCUACAUGCGCCAGCCCAUCAAACAGGAGCUCAUCUGCAAGUGGCUGGCGGCCGACAGCCCCGCGCCCCCGGGCCUUUGCUCCAAAACUUUCAGCACCAUGCACGAGCUGGUCACGCACGUCACCGUGGAGCACGUCGGCGGCCCCGAGCAGAGCAAUCACGUCUGCUUCUGGGAGGAGUGUCCGCGCCAGGGCAAGCCCUUUAAAGCCAAAUACAAACUUGUAAACCACAUCCGAGUGCACACGGGCGAGAAGCCCUUUCCCUGUCCUUUCCCGGGGUGUGGGAAGGUCUUUGCUAGAUCAGAAAAUCUCAAAAUACACAAAAGAACUCACACAGGGGAGAAGCCCUUCAGGUGCGAGUUCGAGGGCUGCGAGCGGCGCUUCGCCAACAGCAGCGACCGUAAGAAGCACUCGCACGUGCACACGAGCGACAAGCCCUACACGUGCAAGGUGCGCGGCUGCGACAAGUGCUACACGCACCCCAGUUCCCUGCGCAAGCAUAUGAAAGUUCACGGCCGCUCGCCCCCGCCCAGCGCCGGCUACGACUCGGCCCCGCCGGCCGCCCUCGGGUCGCCCUCGGCCGACUCCGGCCGCGAGCCCUCAUCGGCCUCGGCCUCGGCCUCGGGGGUGCGUGGUGGCGCCGACCUGAGCGAAUGAUGUCCGCCUGGUUGCUCGCAAGGUAAUCUCUGGGCGCAGCUGAGCGCCCGCAUCCCGCGCCGGCGACAUCAAGGGCCAAAGGCACAAAGCAACGUUUCUUCGCCGCGGUGCAUCUUCAUGGUAAGUUAGGAUUUCUAUGGCAAUAGGCAAGUCGCACAGAAAUCCUGAAAGGCCGAGCCUGGAGCCCGUCCAGGCUUUUCAUGAAGGACAUAAUAUUUACGUCUAACAGGCCUUUUUCCCUUGUGUAUACAAGUAUAUAUUUUUGUUUGACGUGGACUAAAUCAUUUUCAUUUAAUUUCCGGUAAACAAAACCCACGCGAAGGGGCACUUGUUCCCCCUCAUAAUAAAAAUGGAUAAGAACGCGAGGGGAAGAAAAGCAGCGUCUCAAUCGCGCGCAGCUCCCUUUGUUUCUGCUUUUCUGCGCUGAUCAGAGGGCGCAUUGGGGUUUGAUGGCGACUUUCUAAAGGCGAGGAAAUGGUUUGUAAGAGGGGGAAAGAAAAGGAGAAAGGUCUAAUCAAGCUCGGGUUGUUCAAAGAGUCCGGGUUUGGGGGGUUGAAAGUGUGAGUUUGACGCGGCAUCAGCACGCCGCGUUAGGCUCGCCAUGGAAAUGUGCGCCCGAGCGGCCGCUUCAAAGGCGGCACACUUCGCUGCAGACACUCUAUUAAGAUACAUUUGCGCUGACCUUUGCUUUCACGCCAUUUAAUACUGUCACCGCGCCCUCCAGUACAGACUUCCUCCUUAGGACCUGCCUCUCCCGCCUUUUGGGGGUUCACCCUACACUGGGGGGGGGGGUGGGGAGGGUCGCGUGCAGGUGUUGCGUGUUGGCUCCGGAGACGCUUUUAGGAAAGGGAGGAGCCGGACUCCAGAGAAUUCUUUACUGCACCCCCCUAAGAGGUCCCGGGGUCGCGAGGAAGGGACUUGAGUGCAACCGCAGAAGCUUAACAAAUGAGCAGCUCCAGCACUGUUGGGGGGCAGAGUGCCUCUCAGAUUCCAGGCGGGUUUGGGGAGGCCUGUUUAGAAUGGGGAAGGAAAAAGAGAGAGAGAGAGCUCUCCUGGCUGAAUCCAGGCAGACGGUGCCUAGGGGACAGGAACUUUCUGGUCCCCAGUGCAGCUAGCUCAUCCCGCUAUCCCACAAGUCUCUUGCAUGUCUCCCCACCCCCAGAACUUGUUUUUCUCCAGAGUUGGGGAGUGUAUGAUACCCUUCAGGCCUGGAAUGGCCCUUGGGAGGGCUCUGAGAAGCCCAAGGCCAAGGGGAUAGGAAAGAUGGCAGGAAAGUUAAAAGUGCAUGUUCCCUUAAUUGUCUUGUUGUUUAUUUUAUCCAAGUACCACAGUGAAUAGGGGAAAAAUAAACAUGGUGGAAAAAAAAAUCAAACAGUGGAGUCUUCUUUAGUGCCAGUCCUUGUGGUUGAAUAAAAAGGAUGGUCCGCUUUCUAUUGAGCUGAGAAAUCUUUGAAGUGGGAGUUAUUAUCUGAGACAUUCCAGCCUGUCGUCCUAACAACGCUGAUGAAACGUAAAACUUUCUUUGUCAGCGAUUUGUUCUCCUUGCUGUCAAACUCCCCCUGCUCCGUUACUUUCAAACCGUUUCUAAAGAGAUAAAAUCAAACUUCUGUUUAAAAAAAAAAAAAGAAAGAAAGAAAGAAAGAAAAAGAGAGAAAGAAAACUUGCAAAUUCCACUAGCUGAUAACUUUAGGGAUAAGUCCCUCUAAGGGAAAAGUAAAAAUAAAACAACGACAACAACAAAAAA